AUGACUCAAGUUUCAGAUUACGAUAAUAAAAACAAUGGCGAUGAUGACGAUAACAAUAAUAUUUACUCAGAAGAAUUUUUAAAAGAUUUAGACCAAGAAUUAAUAAAUAAUGAUAACUUAUUACCAAAUAAUCUUUCAAGAUUCUCAACUGAGUCUUUACACAGUUAUAGUUUUGUCACAAACAACACUUUAUCAUUAGAAAAUAGACAAAGUAUUCUUCGUCGAUCCAUAGACUUUAUGAAAAAUAAAAUAAAAGGAUGGAAAUUUCCUCUAGUACAACAAACUCUACUUUCUUUUGACGAACCUUCUUCCUCCUCUAUCAUUCCGUCUGAUAUCAUACUUCCUUUUGAAUCAAUUGAUUCAAAGUCGUUUAGUUUUUCUGGAAAAUCAAAAAGAACUCUGACUGGACUUUCUUCAAUCUACACUCCUAUAUCUUCAUCGGCUUUACAUUCUACAACUAGAUUCACAUCUCAGAAUCAAGCUAUAAUCACAACCGAUGAUAAAACUAACAUACUAAAUGCUAAUGAUAUCACUUGUUUAGUAUUUGGUUAUUCUAGAGCCGAAGUAUUAAGCAUUAAAGUAUUGAAGUUGAUAGGUAGCCCAUUUCGUGAAAAAAUGGCUCAAACGCUUGCUUCCAGGCUUCAAAACGAAAUUGAUAAUUCUGAAGCCGUGUUGGCAUGUGGUAAAGUGAUACCAAUACAAAGAAAAAAUGAAGAGACUUCUGCUGCUUCGUUAUGGUUAAAGGUGAAAAAAGAUGAAUUGACAACUUUGUAUGGUUAUUCACCCGAAGAACUAUUAGGAAUGAACAUUAUUACACUAAUUCCAAAAUUAGAUGUUAUCAAAAAAUUUAACGACGAUAAUGACCAUAAUGAUAAUGCAGGUUUAUGUUCAUUUCAUACAGAAUUGGAUAUUGAUAAAAUAAAUAAAACAAAAUUUUAUGGCAGCAAAUCAAAGAAUGGUGGCAACUUUCCAAUCAUAGGAAAAAUAACUUUGCAAACAGUUAAAGAAGAUAAUAAUAAUGGCAGCGGCAGUGGCAUUGAUAAAAUAUAUGCACUUAAAAUCAUUUCCAUCCCUACCAUUGCCGGUGUUAUAACUGCACACGCUACUGGCGUCAUCCAAUCAUGCAAUUCUGAUUUUGUCAAAUACUUGUUUGGUGUUGGUGCACAAGAACUGAUUGGUAAAAAAAAUAUAGAUAAUUUGUUGCCGCAAUUUCCUCAUCUUGUAAAAAUUUUGGAAUCAGAGAGUGCACUCGUGGAAGGAAUUGUGAUAUCUGAAAAUACUUUUCGUAGAGCUGCUUCUUUAUUAUCUGUUGCUACUCCAACCUCUGCUACAAAUCUUUUUCUUUAUACCGCUCAUCCAAAAGAUUGCUCAUCAUCAUCUGCUAGUACAAUAUCAUCAAUAACAGCUGCAGUUCCAUUCUCAUCUCAUGGUCCUUCAGGUAUAAUUGCUGUACAUAAAGAUGGCACAGAGUUUGAUGUUGACAUACAAAUGCGUGUCUUGGAAUCUCCUGAUGAACCAUUACAUGCAUUAUGGAUAACUUAUGAUCGUAAUAUAAACUUUUCCAAAGAUCAUGAUGACGGAAAAUCAAAAAUAGAAAGAAUGGAAACAAUUGGUGAAGAUCAUGAUAAUAAAAAAAUCGUUAAAACUUUGGGAGAAGAAAUUUUUGGUUUAUCUAAUUUUAUAGCAGCUGGUGGUAAACCAUCAUUAUCAUCGAUCGAAAAACCUCAAAUCCUCAACUCACCUUUGAUACUAUCUACUCCAAAUUCUUUUGAAACUGCAAAAUAUUCGGUAUUGACCCAAUCAAAAACUAUUAAGGAUUUUCACAUAAUUGAUAUUUUGGGUAAAGGUGCUUAUGGUGAAGCAACAUUAGCAUAUAAUAAAAACGAUCCGGAAAAGAUGGAAUUACAUGGUGCUGGAAUGGAUUUAUUUGAUUAUAUAGAAUUGAACACUCAAAUGCCUGAAUCCGAAAUAAAAUCGAUAUUUCGUCAAGUUGCAAAGGCUAUUCAACACCUGCAUCAUAAUAAAAUUGUACAUCGUGAUAUCAAAGAUGAGAAUGUAAUACUUGAUGAAAAUAAUAAUGUUCAAUUGAUAGAUUUUGGAUCCAGUGCUUAUAUAAAGGAAGGUAAAAAAUACGAUACUUUCUGUGGAACUGUUGAUUAUGCUGCUCCUGAGGUGUUAAUUGGUAAAAAAUAUGAUGGAAAGCCACAAGAUAUAUGGGCAUUAGGUAUAUUAUUAUACACACUUAUCUAUAAGGAAAACCCAUUCUAUAACAUUGAUGAAAUCAUCGCUGGAGAUUUAAGAAUUCCAUAUAUAUUAUCCGAAGGGUCAAUUGAUCUUAUCAAAAGAAUACUUGAACGUGAUGUUGAUAGACGUCCAACUAUUGACGAUGUUUUAAAUCAUCAUUGGUUAUGUGAAGAUUAA